AGUGAAUGCUUCAGGUCGAGGGAAAAGCCUUUCUUUUCAGCGUCUCCUGCUUUUCACCUACCAACUUGUCUUCUCUGCGAACCUUUGUCAUUCUUUAUUGUCUGGUGUCUGUUCGGUUUCUCCCAGGCGAACCUUUUCUUCACGACUUUUCUUACCCUUCCUUCUACAACUGCUGUUCCCCGCCCGCCGUUACAGCUUCAACUUUUAGGACCGUCCAUAUACCCUCGCCCCCACCGAUUUCCGGCCUCUCUGCCCAGAUCAGCAUCAUCGGAGACCGAUAACUGACAACUCUGCCUGUUGUUUUCUGGGCUUGGACAUGACGGUGGCUGGUCAGCCAGGCGCUCGCGGCGCAGUGCACGACUGAGUAUUUUGCGCAAUGCCAGGCGUCGUUGAGGCCGGCGCCAGCCCUGACUGGUCGGGGCUGGGCUUUACCGUUGCGCAUCAGAAGGUCGAACUGGAGAUAGACUUUGCGAACAAGAGCCUGAAGGGGAAAACAGAAAUCACCAUCCAUCCGCAGCAAAAGGACUUUCGCGUUAUCCGAUUGAGUUUCCGACAGGGCGAGAUCAAGCGCAUUACUGUUGGUGGAAAGACCACACCCUUUAAGCAUACGAACUCAUACGAUACUCUUCAACUGUACGGUCCUCAUUAUCAUCAGCGACUGUCGUCUCGAAUAGACACCCUCGUGAAGUCACCGCCGGAAGCCGAGUUGUUUGUGACCGUCCCGAAAAGCGUCAAAAUCGAUGAGCUCGACCCAUCCUCUAUUGAAGCCCAGGACCAGAUGGCCCUGCGAGCGACCGGCGCUGGCGAUGAUGCUGAAGGGCUUACAAGCUCGAAAGCGGCCGACACUUCGCUCCCUCGGUUUACGGCGGUGACGGUGAAUAUCGAGUUUGUCAUUGAUACUAUCCGGGAGGGACUGCAGUUUGUCGGCAUGGAAAACGGUGACAGGCGCUAUCCGCACGUCUACACAACAAAUUCACUGGGGUAUGGCGUCGGAUGUCCUCUGUUUCCCUGCGUUGACGACCCUUUGUCUCGUUGCACAUGGGAGCUCUCGAUAAAAACGCCAUGCUCGCUGGGGGACGUAUUUGAUCGCAAAUCCCGGGACCCAUCCGCAGCCGGCCCAUCUAGUCGCAACAAGUCUUCGUCGGGCCAUGGGCGAUAUAUCUCCCCGGACGAUGAGGGUUUAGAUAUGUCGGUGGUUUGCUCUGGAGACAUGACCGAUGAAAUUAUUGACCCGAAGGAUUCGAGCAAGAAAACCGUAUCGUUCGCGUGCAUUACUCAAUUAUCGGCCCAGCAAGUGGGAUUCGCUGUUGGUCCCUUUGAAUAUGUCAACCUUUCUGAUUUUCGAGAAAGUGACCAGGAUGAACAGCUUGGCCUGAACGCAAUUCCGCUUCAUGGCUUUUGCCUGCCGGGGAGAGGCGAUGAGCUUAGGAAUACGUGCUUCCCCAUGGCAAAGGCCAUCGAUUUCUUUUCGCUGAACUACGGGUCCUAUCCGUUCUCAAGCUACAAGAUGUGUUUUGUUGAUGACACGCCCGAGGAAACCUUGCCGACAGCGUGCUUGUCGAUUUGCAGCAACCAUCUCUUGUUUCCCGAAGACAUCAUCGACACGAUGUAUGAUUCCACGCGCACGCUGGUUCACGCUUUGUCGUGUCAGUGGAUCGGGGUCAACAUCGUGCCACAGACACAUGCUGACACCUGGGUUACCGUCGGAGUGGCUUGGUACAUCACCGAUACAUUCAUGAGGAAACUCUGCGGGAAUAACGAAUAUCGAUUUCGAAUGAAGCAAAUGUCCGACCGAGUUUGUGACCUAGAUUAUGAACGUCCAUCGAUACACGACAUGGGCAACUACCUGAAGUUGGAUGCAUCUGAAAUUCAGUUUAUCGCACUGAAGGCGCCCCUUGUUCUAUUCAUCCUGGACCGACGACUCAUGAAGGCGAGUGGAAAGGCGACAAUGCCCCGUAUUAUAUCUCGACUCUUCCUUACGUCACGAACGGGCGACAUGUCCAAUGGUGCCAUCACCACAGCUUCUUUUCAGAAGACAUGCGAGAAACUUGGUCAUGCAAGGCUAGACGCCUUCUUCACCCAAUGGGUAUAUGGUGCUGGCUGUCCGCGGUUCCAAGCCACACAGAGGUUCAACAAGAAGAAGUUGGUCGUCGAGAUGAUGAUCAAGCAAGUUCAAUCGGAACAGCCGAGUACUCGUGACCUAGAAAAGAACUCUUUCAUGCGUGAUGUCAAGGAGGAAAUCCGCGGGGUUUAUGCAGGCGCCGUUCAGCCGGUCUUUACGGGUUCCAUGACGAUAAGAAUUCACGAAGCCGAUGGCACGCCAUACGAGCACAUUGUUGAGAUCAAGGAAGGUGUCACCAAAUUUGAUAUUCCUUAUAACACCAAGUACAAGCGACUCAAGCGGAACAAGAGGCAAAAGGAGCGUGCUGCCCUCGUCUCUGGCGAUCCCAACGCGGAGGCGCAGGAAGAUGUCUUGCUUUACUGUUUAGGGGAUGUGCUGCAGAGUGAAGAGGAGAUGCAAGAGUGGAAACUGGCCGAUUGGAGCAAAGAGGACGAGGAAAGAAUGGGCCAAGAGUCUUACGAGUGGAUUCGCAUGGACGCGGAUUUCGAAUGGAUCUGCAAACUCUCAUUGGUAAUGCCGGGCUACAUGUACCUCUCUCAGCUUCAACAAGACCGAGAUGUUGUUGCCCAGUUAGAGUCCUUACAGUACAUGGCCGCCCAGCGAGAGCAUCCGCUAAUCUCUACAAUUUUUGUUCGAACCUUGAUGGAUCGGAGAUACUUUCACGGAAUCCGUGCUGCUGCAGUUCGAGCUCUUGUCAAGCAUGCGAAGGAAGAAAUCAACUGGCUAGGCUUGUUCCAUCUAGAACGAGCGUUCCAGGAGCUGUUCUGCCUCCCAAACUCGCCGAUGACCCGCUCAAACGACUUUUCUGACCGGGCAGCGUAUGCGCUACAGUUGAUAAUCCCGGAAGCCAUAUCAAAAGUGCGUGACAAUGGAGGCAAGACUCCAAUGCGGGUCAAGCGGUUUUUGCAUGACAAGCUGAAAUUCAAUGACAACUCCAAUAACGAGUACUCCGAUAAUUUCUACGUCGCGAUGUUAAUGCAGUCUUUGUGUCACGCCAUGCUGGGCAAAGUCGAGUCGGCGCCCGUUGAAGACUUCGAUAUGGAAGGAAUGAUUGAGGUACGGCAAGAAGAAGAGUUGGAAAAAGACGCUUUAGCCGAAAUCGAUCGCUACAGACGAAUGGACGAGUGGUCAAGCUCGUUCCAGAACGUCUAUUCUCGUGCAGCCAUCCGUUGCCAGAUGCAGCUCAUGCAGGCCAACAUAGUGGACAUGGAUAUUAUGCAAUUCCUGCCUUACACUAGGGCUGGCACGUACGACCUCCUUCGCCUGGAUGCGUUCGAGUGCCUUGUGGAAAUGGAUGUUUUCAAGAGCCCAGAACUUCUCAAAUGGUUCAUCUUCACCAUGUCCAACGACUCUUCUGCCUGGCUUCGACGACGGCUUCAUAGCCUGUUUGGCAAGGCCCUCGCUCCCGUGGCUUUUGGCCGCGAAUCAGACAACCAGGCGCCAGCCUCUGGCGACGGUCUCAUCAUUGAACAGGAGUCAUCAACUGAAGUCCGUCAGGCAACUUUGGCACGAAAGCAGACCGUCACUGGCGCCAUGGAGGCGCUCAAACUCGAAGUCUCCGGCGAUCAGGUUCUGAAGGAAGCGCUUUGGGCUGCGUGCAACUCCCCCUGCAUUGGCAUUUUAGAGCUCUCUGAAUUCGCCGACCUCUGUCGAAUCAUAUAUAACCCAGUAACCUCAGUGAAGGUCUCUCUGAAGUACCCGCGGUACUGGAAGGUGAAACACCUCGGAAAGGGCCGAAUGCAUUUUUUCCGAUCCAACCGUGUACGCACCACCCUCGGCCCCUCAAAGGAUUCAACUGCCGCUCCCACGAAGCGCAAACGAGAAGAACAGGGAAUGCCACCCCCUGGACCUCGUAUCACAUUCAAGCAGUCGAAGGUCGUCCCCAAGACCUCGUCCCAACCCCCGACUCCAGCACCGCAGUCCACACCCAAACUGCAUAUUCCAAAACUUCCCUCCCCUGCGCCCCAAGCGUCACCUCGCAAUCCAGCUACUCCGUCCACGCCAUCCACCCCUGGUGGCGGGUUCAAGUUAAAGCUGAAGUUCGGCCAGAAGCCGAAAUAAGUUCUUACUAAUUCAAACAGGGCCUCUACUUUAUUCAUGUAACUUAUACUUCUGAUCUUUUCUUUUUCUAUCUUCUCUCUUAAAACCACGGAGGCAGGUUGGCAGGGGAAAUUUCAUGGCGCGAUGGUGGAAUCGAUUUUUGUUUUCUUUUUCUCUCAAUUCCCCGUUUAAAUCAUUUUUAUGUUGCGUUUGCUUGAUCAGUUUUGGGGACUUCUGCUUCUAAAAACCUCCGCCGGCUUCUUUACCCCGGUUCAUUUGAUGCGGUAUCGGAUUUUGCUUUUGCCAUGAAUGUCGAUG